AUGGUGACGCAACCGCACGCGGCGGGCAAGGGACGUGCCCGCGGGCCUUGCCCAGCACUCCACCCGGCGGCGAGAGCAUGCAGCGGCAACGGCGACGGCACAGCAACCCGACAGUGGCCAGUGCGCGCAACCCGUUCGACGCUAGGUACUGAACUGAAGGCCGAACACUCCCUAGUCAUAGAUCAUGGCAACUACAAGGAUGCUGUCCUAUUGAUUCUUCUCUACUUGUGGAGAGAAGGCCGCAAGAGGUUCCUUAGCGACGACUUCAAGAAGGAAAUCCACUCGAGGGGCGAUCGUCAUCGUUGGUCCAGCGUAGAGUUGGGCUGGCCAGAACCCCGACACGCAUGGUAUGGCGGGUGCACCGGGGGCAGGGGCGCCAGCUGCCGCCACAUGGGGAAGGCAAUAUCGGGGCUCGCGGACACAACCGCGGCAGGUCAUGGUGCGCUGUGUAGGGGGAGUGGCGUCGGCCGCCGCAACAUGGGGACGACGGAUCCGGGCCUGGGGCGUCGGCACGCGUUGAUUAGUUCGCUGAGAAGCAUCACAAGCCACCAGAAGAUCCCAAGUACUCUCAUCACUGGCCGUCAAGAUCUAGGCUCCAUCCCGCACUGUGCAACACAAAUUCGGAGGUCUGGUACUCUGGUGCGCACGUUGCAGAGGAGAAAAAGGAAGACCACAUUUGGAGAUGGCAUAGCAACAGCAGCAAAUCCCUUAGCUCCAGCUGACUGUUAUGUUAGAAGGAAUUCUACAUUGUUUGUAAAGGAGCACUUCAGCAACACGAAGACCGAAAGGCGGGAUGCGUACUUGAGCACCUGUUUACCCAGGAAAUUAAUAUCUGGCACAGGAGAAUCUAUAAGAAAAAUGACCGGGGUAGAAGCUACUGCCGUAUCUGCUUUAGUAUCUGGAACCUUGAAGGUUGUGGGCAACAAAUUAGCUCCACUACUAAUCAAAGAGUACAGCUCUAUAGUGUGUGUCAAGGAAGAUCUCCGGGAGCUCCAUGAUCUUGUUGAGGGGAUCAACUUUAGGCUGGAAAAAACAGCAGAAAAUUCUAUUGGAAGUACACAAUCAUUUGCUUGGCUGAAAAAGUUGAAAGAUAUUUCUUAUGAUGUUGAUGAUGUUGUUGAUGAGUUCCAGCUAAAGGCUGAAAAACAUGACUCCAAUGGUGACAGUGGUAUUGUGUCCAAAUACCUGUGCACAAUACCAAAAUCAUUUGUUUUUCAAUGCAACUCAGCCAACAAGAUCAAGGCAAUCAAGAAGAGAUUUGCUGCAAUCGUGAAGCAAAGAACUGACUACCUAGCAAUAACAAAUAGUGUGGAUCCUCCUGUUCGACUUACGAACAUGAGAACAAAGGAGGUGACAUCAUUGCCUAAUGUUGACGAGGCAUUAGUAGUUGGAAGAGAUAAAGAUAAGCAGGAGAUAAUAUCCAUGCUUGAAGAGAAUGAUGAUCAACAGAAAAUUAAGAUAGUUUCGGUCAUCGGGCUUGGUGGGUCAGGGAAGACUACCUUGGCUAAACUGGUUUUCAAUGAUGGUAACAUUAUAGAGAGGCAUUUAUUUGAAGUUAGACUAUGGGUUCAUGUGUCAAAAGAAUUUGUUGUCAAUGAUCUCAUCAAAAAAUUGUUUGAAGCUUUUUCUGACAAUAAUCCAGGAACCCAUGCCUUGCCUUAUAUGAACCAAACUAUCUCAGACAAGUUGAAGGGCAAAAGGUUUCUUCUUGUAUUGGAUGAUGUUUGGACCAACUCACGAGAUGAGUGGGAAGAAUUCAUGGUAUGUCUAAAGGUUGGCGCACCUAAAAGCAGGAUUUUACUUACUACUCGGAACAGAGAAGUUGCGGUAAUAGUGGGAUCCACCAACCAAUUUUACUUACCAUUCUUGUCUCCAGAUGACAGCUGGAAACUAUUCCAACAAAGCCUGGUAACACCUCCUACUGGUUGGGAUUUUGAAGAGGUUGGGAAAGCGAUUGUGGACAAAUGUGGUGGGGUGCCAUUAGCAAUUAAAGUACUUGCAGGCGCUCUCCAUGGGAAGGAGCGGAUAGAAGAGUGGCAGGAUGUGAGAGAGAGAAAUUUAUUGAAUGUUGACGGUAAAGAAGAUAGAGUAGCUGCAUGCUUAAGCUUAAGCUAUUCCCAUCUGCCAUUUAAUCUCAAGCAGUGUUUUAAAAUAUGUUCAUUGUUUCCUAAAGGUCAUAGGAUUGAUAAAGAACAAUUGAUUGACCUAUGGAUUGCUCAUGAUAUGAUCGCUGUAGAGGAUGGUGUUGAUUGCUUGGACUUGGAGCAUGUUGGCCACAACCACUUUGAGUCUCUUCUGCAUGUGUAUUUCCUACAAAACGUCUAUGAAAGAGAUGGGAGAGUGACAUGUGGGAUGCAUGAUUUGGUUCAUGAUCUUGCCUUAAAAGCACGUGCUGUAUAUAUGCCUAAGUAUGAACAUUACAUAUAUGCCAUGGCAUUGAAGCAUGCAAAGCACUUGCGCAGUGUUAUGGUGGGAUAUCUCAAUGCAGAAGGAGCUAACACCAUAUCUCAAGUUAAGUAUCUGAAAUAUCUUGCCGUUUCAGAACUAGAUUGUGAAAAACUUCCUGAGACUAUGUCAGAUGUUUGGAGCCUGCAAGCACUUCAUGUAACACUCAGCUAUUCACUUGUCGAGAUACCCAAAUCCAUUUGUAAGAUGAAAAUGUUAAGAACACUAAACUUGUCGGACUGUAUAAAGCUAAAGAGUUUGCCAGAUUCUAUUGGUGAUUGUCAUAUGAUUUCAAGUAUUGAUCUUUGCCGUUGCAGUAAGCUUACAGUGUUGCCAGACUCUAUCGGUAAGUUGCAGAAGUUGAGAACAUUGAACCUAUCAUUGUGUAGAGAGCUGAAAUGCUUGCCAGAUUCCAUUGGCAGAAACAAAAUGCUAAGAUUGUUGAGACUAAGUUACAGCAAAGUUGAGAGGCUAUCAUCAAGAAUGACAAAACUGGAAAAUCUGGAGUGUUUGGACCUUCAGGGUUGUCAUGAGCUGGUAGAGCUGCCUGAAGGCAUCGGCAACAUGGUAAAUCUCCAAGUUUUGAACCUAAAAGGUUGCUAUAAAUUGGCAGGAAUGCCUGUAGGCAUUGGACAGCUCAGUCGACUACAAAAGUUGGGCUUAUUUGUUGUUGGUAAGGGAGAAAAGUUUGCAGGAAUAUCAGAGCUUGCAAAUGUAUUUAGGAUUGGUGAGGAACUAACAAUCAGAGGUAUUUCACAUGUGAUGGACCCGAACGAUGCACACGUGGUAUGCUUGAAACAUAAGACAAACUUACAGAGGUUGGGCCUAGAGUGGAUGGCAGAUUACACAAAAGAGGUAAACACUGAGUUGGAGCAGGCUGUCCUUGAUGGUCUGGAACCACCACCUGGUAUUAAAAUGCUGGACAUUCAUGGGUAUUCAGGUAGGCAAUAUGCAGGGUGGAUGCAAAGUCAAGUUGGUGGUGGAGUACAGGGCCCUGCUCCCUUCCCAUUUUUGAGGGAGAUGUGGCUAUGUGAUUUGCCGAACUUGAAGCAUCUAGAUGGGCUUGUCGAGCUACCUUGUUUGGAGGAGCUUUGGCUGCUAAGGAUGCCUUCUCUUGAGAGCAUAAGUGGAGGCCCAUUUCCUUCACUGGUGAAGUUGGAGAUGUGUGAACUGCCUCGUUUGGGAGAGGUGUGGAUGGUACCAGAGAGGACCAUGCCCGAUGUAGAAGAUGGGGGAGGCUGCUACAACUACAAUUUAACUCCUCACUUGGGACAAGUCCGAGUUGGUAGCGGCUUAUCAGAGUUGGGGAUCGAUCGUUGUCCUAAGUUGGAGGUGAUGCCGCACCUUCCUCCGUCGCUGCAGCGCUUGAGCUUGCAUGGCAGUGAGCAGGUGCUGCAGUCACCAGGCCAAUGCCAGGGGUCUUCUUCGUCCCCCAGUUUUAACAAACUGAAGAAGCUUCAACUAUGGAAAGUGACAGGAUUAGGAUCUGGGCAUGGGUGGGAGCUACUGCAACACAUGACGGCACUCGAGUCAUUGGAGAUUGAUUUCUUCUCUGGAGUGCAAACCGAGGUGCCUGAGAGCUUGUGGAGCCUCACAUCCCUCCGGUCCCUGAAAGUGGACGGCUGGUCUAAUAUCCGCAUGCUACCCGAGUCGCUAGGGAAACUCCGGUCUCUGCAAGAGUUGACCAUCGAAUUCUGUCGUAGCCUGAUCAGCCUCCCCCAAUCAAUGGGAAAACUCACAUCCCUCCAGUUGCUCAAGAUAGUAUUGUGCGAAGCACUUCACCAGUUGCCCGACUGCCUCGGAGAACUCUGCUCUCUACGCAAACUCGAGAUUAAUGAUUUGUGGGGGCUGACUUGCCUUCCACAAUCCAUCUGCCGCCUCACCACCUCUCUUCAAGAGCUCAGAAUCGACGGCUGCCCGGGCAUCAAAUCCUUGCCGGAGGGGAUAAAGGACCUCACGGCUCUGAAGCAAUUGACGAUCUCGUUUCUGCCCUGA